AACCGUGGCUCCUGAGAAAAGAAAAGAAGUUGGAUUCAGAGGUAUUUGGUUUGUUUAUACACAUUAAAAGAACAAGAGGAACAAGACUAGAUUUAAAAAAGCGAUGGAUUAAUGCGUAGACGUCCCUGUAAACUACUUUCUGAAGUCGAGAGAUACAUUUCUGUCCAGGAAGGUAAACAACGACAAAUUUAAUCCGUCACUUUUAGAUUAGAAGUCAAACAGUCUAACCGAACACUUGUGACCGAGGUAAGUUAACAUAUACACGGCUUUGUUUUUUCUGGACCUCGCUGGAAAAACGUUUUUACUACACAGAUGAGGCUUUUUUUCUAUCCGAAGUGAUGCAGAAAACGAGCUACAACCGAGUCCCUCAAAACAAGCUUUUCCUCCGCUGUGUACAAAACACGUCGACCUCGAUGCGCUGAGAGAAGAGCAGUUUCACAAACUUUGCCUUUAGUUGUAAACAUCUGGAGAGGAAGUGCGUUUCGGUUUCGGUUUCGGUUAUGCGCACGUGCUACUGAGAGACGUCAGUGAGAAACACACGUGUUUAUAAGAAGGUUUGAAAUGCCUGCAGCAUGGCUUGCGCUCACCAAUCUGCUGAAGAGUACCUCGAAAAAAACAGGAAAACACUACUGACUCAAAUGAAAAACCUUUCUCUGAUCAUUGAUAAUCUUUAUCAGGAGAAUAUCUUCUGUGAUGAUGAGGUCAAUGCUCUGAAAGCUGACAGGACUGAGUUUGAACAAGCCAGAUGUUUAUUAGACAUGGUCAUUAACAAAGGUGAAGAGGCCAGCUAUGAAUUUCUCCGGAUUCUGGAUGUCACUAAGAAGAGGACAUUAGAUCCUGAUUUACACUACUGGAUCAGCUGCUUUUCCUUCAGAGAUGAAGAUACAGAGGCCAGCUAUUCAUUCAGUACAAAGCCCUGUCACAUCUAUCAGAAACAGCUCAAGGAGAAAGCAGAAAGUAUUCUGAAGAACCAAAGUUUCUGUAAAUAUUUGGACGACAAGGUACAGAAACAUACCUCUGCUUUUAAAGACUGA